CAAAAAGUGUAUGCUCACUUCUUUUAUCCUUCUGUUCUGAGAGGUUGGUCAGGUAAAGUCAGGGCUAGAAGCAAUGUCAAAAGCUGCUUCAACGGUCAGCAAAAAAGUUGACAGAAAUGGAAUAAAGGCAGGCGAGACUAGCUCUUUGCAUGCAAGAUCAUCUUCCAUUUCUAGCCAAGCAAGAGGAAGGAUAGAUGAUGCAACAGGUCAAAAAUCAAGAUCAUCUCCCAUGAAGGGCAGCGAUGUAUUUGAGACGCCAAAAGACUCACUUGCUGGCAAGGAUAAAGAGUGCUGGAAUCCAAACGCACAUGCAUCUUCAAGCACACUUCGGGUGGGCGUACAUCCUUUGAAAGAAGGCGCAUUAGAGAUAGGUGAUGAUGGGAGAGCAAUCGUUUGGCUAGAUAUUGACAAUACACUGUACAAAAAAUCCACAAGGAUCGCAGAAUUGAUGACAAAGAGAAUCAAGGCAUAUUUUCGUGGCUUAGGAUUAUCGGAAGAAGAAACCCAAAGGUUACAUAAACGAUAUUACAAGGAAUACGGAUUGGCGAUCAGAGGAUUGGUUAUGCAUCAUGAGAUUGAUGCUCUAGAUUAUGAUGAAAAAUGCGAUGCAUCGUUACCAUUGGAUGAGAUCCUGAGACCCGAUGAGAAGGUCAAAAAGAUGUUACAAGAUUUAGAUCUUACAAAAUGUCGGAUAUGGGCUUUAACAAACGCAUAUAAAACACAUGCUUUACGUUGUUUACGUUUAUUGGAAUUGGAUCAGUACGUUGAAGGAAUAAUUUAUUGCGAUUAUGCUUUACACAACUUCGCCUGUAAACCUGAACGAGAAUUCUAUGAUGGUGCUCUUCAGAUUGUUGGAAUGAAGGAUACAAGCCGAUGCUACUUUGUAGACGAUUCCGCCUUGAACAUUCGUGCUGCCAAGAAGCUAGGAUGGGGACAUUGUGUCUUGUAUGAUGAAGAGGAGGAAGAAUCAGCAUCCACAGAAACUCAGGUUCCAAAUGGUCUUGACAAAUUCGACACUUCCGCUCUCACCUCCAAGGCAUCAACAUCGGGCUUUGAUGAGGAAAAGGUUAAGGCACAGAUACGCAUGUUGGACGCCCCUUCCCGACGUAAGCUCUUGGACAUAGUUCUGGAUGCCUGUCUGCCAGGUGAUAUCGCAGGAAUGCAAAAUGUCUUGAAAAAGCGCCUCUCACUUUCACGCGACAUCAUAAGCUCUUUGCCGGACGAUCUUCAUCUGAAGAUUUUCGAGAGAUUGCAUAUACACGAAUUGCUUCGAUGUCGUCUAGUCUCGAAAAGAUGGAGUGCGAUCUCCGUACAUCCUGAUCUCUGGCGUUCGUAUGCUUUGGUUCUAACGAUGGGCGAUAGCAUUCCAUUAACACCACCAACAGAUCCUACAGGUUGGGAACCCAUGGUAAAAGGAUUAUACUUUCGCGAACGCAAUUGGGCAAAAGGUAUCUGUCAAAGUAUCACGCUCAUGCCGGGUCACACAGGCUUUGUUACAGCAAUGAAGCUCAAAGGUCGUACAACUUUGGUCACCGGGUCGUACGACGAGACCAUUCGCGUUUGGGAUUUGAGAACUGGAGCAUGUAAAAAAGUACUAAAAGCAAAAGCGAUUGCUUGUUUAGACUUUUUGGCGGAAGAAGGUAUCUUGGCAGCUGGGCUAUAUGAUACGGGUCGAGUGAUGAUCUGGGACAUGCGUACUUGGACAUUACUUCAAACACUCAGUGGACAUAAUCGUGGAAUACGUAAUGUUGCAUUAAACUCGGAUUACCUAGUCAGUGUUGGACAAGAUAAAGCAAUCGUUGUAUGGGAUUGGAGGAAUGGGACGAAGAUUGUCCGUUUUGGCCAACAAUCGAAUGUCUCUUUGGGUGUUUCGAUCGUCGAUCACGAUAAAAUUGUCGCUGUCACAGUAGAUGGUAUCAUUCGUACUUUUGAUCUCUCUUCGCCAAAGAAGGAGAUGAUUGGUCAAUUUGACGUAUCAAAGCUUGCGCCAAAUUUGUCAAGUCGGUUAUCUGGCUUGAAAGAUGGCUCGAACAUGAUGCAGUGGUUUGCCGCUCAUCGUAAUACUAUCACAAUGGGAUCACACAAUACAGUCAUUCAUCUUCAAUGGCAGGAGCACAUUGUGCCAAUCAAAAGGCGUACACGGGCGAGAAGAGACUCCAACGCCAGCACUAUAUCAACUACCAGCACUGUUGCAUCGAGUUUGAAUAGGAGAUCAUCACUUGCUUUGACGAACUCAGUUUCAGUCACACCCAGAAGAUCCGUUGGAGCUGGUUUGAAUACACCAGUCAAAUCUACUACACCCUCCAGUCAUACUCGAACACAGUCUUUGCGUAACUCGCUUCCUGCAUCACCACGUUCGCCAACUUCUUCCAUAAUCAAGAGGAAUUCGAUCGUUGGACUGGGAGACUUGACAGCCAUGUCACCAAGAGCACGUACACCUACAGCAAGCUCAGCCAUGAAAGCGAAUACACCGUUAAAACCUGUCCGUACAGCUUCUCGUCUUUCCAAUGCAGGUAGCGCUGGUCCAAAUUCGCCUACCGUUUCUCCUACCAAUUCAACAUUUGCUACGCCACCUAGAUUGACAUCACAAAGGAUGAAAGCACAUCUGGAAGAGAUGCCCGAUGAAAGCUACGACAGUACGCCUGAAACAGGUACGCGAAUUGCUCCAAAUUUGUCAGUUGCUCCUUUGGUGUUGAGCGUGAUCGAUACACCAGAAGGUGCGGUUGGAUGUGUUGAUGCAGCCAAGAGAAGGAUUGUCUGUGCCAGCAGAUUCAGUACGCGGGCAGGAGCUGAUAGAAGAUUGUAUACCACCACCUUCGAAGAGCACAGGAUCGCAUUGCCAACGCAGAAAGUACCAAACGGACUCACUGUUGCUGCUGAAGAUGCAGAACAGAAUCAAGAAAAAGUCAAUGGAGAAGCGAGUCAAACUUCACAACAAACCAUCGAACAACCUCAAGGUGUGGUACCGAUUGGAGGUGAAUGGCAAUCGAUGAAAGAUCAAUUGGCAACACCUUCACGUAAUCCGAUGUCACUUGUUUUGGAUCCGGAUCAUUGUGUUGUAGGAACAAGUGAAGGAUUAGUUUAUUGCAUGAACUUUGUAGGAUCAACUCAUUCGAAAGGAUGGAUAGAUGAAAAUGGAAAGGAUGGCGGAGAAAUUCAUCAAAAUGGCUUGCAAGCCGCAGACAAUGACAACACAGAGAAGAUCGGCGAUGCAGUGAUCAAAGAAUUGACGGAAUUGCGUCAAGUAUGGUCUUCAAUUUUCAAGAAAGCAUAAGAAUUAUACCCGAAAGACUAGGGUUGUACAAUUCCAAAUAUACCAUAUCAUCACACAAAUACUUUUAAAUUUGAGAUAUACCAUUAGCAG